AUGAUCGGCUUACCCGUCGGCACCCGGCAUCGUCUUUGCCACCAACACGUCCUGAUGGUCUCGCCUCCGGACGAGGCAAUAGUCCUGCAGGUGCCAGUGUCGCAACCAAGGGUGCAUACAGGUGGACUUCUCUCGCAUCGGGAGGCGGGAGUAGGUGUUGGUCAGGAUGAGCCGGUGUUCUGCGUAGGUUCGUGGGAGGAGCAGGCCAUUGUCACUGGAGCCGUUGAGACCAUGGGGACCAAGCACUCUUCUCCAGGCAGCGUGGUCUGUGCCGACGUGGACUUUCAAGCCACCAAGGACGAUCAGCUUAUCCGUCUUAGGCACAGACACCAGGAGGGUGUGCAGGUCGUCGUACAACUUUUUCCACGCCUCUUCAGAACUGGUCAACAGGAAGCGUAG